AUAUUUUAUAUCAUUCUUAUAUUCAAAACUUUGAAAUUUUUUAAUCAUUGUACCUUCAACAAAAGCAUUAACAUGUUAAGUGUAAUUUUUAUGUUACAUUUUAUAAGUCUCAUAAUACACGUUAGUGGUCCCCGCUCUGCUAAGGUUGGCGCCCUGCCUAUUGAGGAACAUUUUACUAUGGGAGAAUGUAGGGCGGAAAUGGUGAAGGCCCAUAUUUUAAAACGCAAAAGUACACCUGAUAAUCAAAUCGAAUGGAUCCUGGAAGACAAUUGGGAUAAAACCAUUAUAAAUUACUAUAACAAUGGAUACCAUCAUCUGCAUCAAAUUGUAAUAGAGUACCUAGAAGCUUUUGAUAAAGAUGCUAGAUUAAUGGCAGGAACAUAUUGUGAAAAGUUCUUACCCGAUAAUCAACCUAAUCAAUGAGUACUUUAUCAGAAAAAAAUGUUUUGAUUUAUAUAUCUAAGAUUUAUGUAUCUAUAAUAAUAAUAAAUUGUUAAUUGAUAUUGUACUAAUUAAGUAAUAAGUAAUAACAUUGAUUUUAUAUGAUAAACUAUAAUCAUUCGGCUAUUAUUUGUAUAUUAUGUGCCUCAUACCAUAGUAUUAAUAUAUUACAAAUUAUAAUUUUUUUUGAUAGACGUGCACAUGUAACUAACAUAUUACUUUGUAUAACUUAAAAUUGUACAAUAUAUAAAUAAAUAAAACUACAUUUUA